AUGGCUGCCUCGCUCCCCUCAGCGCACUGGGAGUGGCCUCCCGCGCUCCCGCCCUUUCUGCUCUCAGCCAAUCAGCGCCGAGCUUCCUUCGCGCCCCGCGCCGCCGCCACGCGCUGCUCCUCCCCGCCCUUCCCGCUCCGCUUCCGCGCACGCGCGGCGGCCCCGCCCGCGCCACCGCCCCCAUGGCCCCGCCCCUUUCCUCCAUCGCGCCGGCGCAUUGGCCGCCGGCCGCCGCGCGCCCCCCGGCGCGCGCCCCCUCAGACCCUCCGCGUCCCCCGCGCCGUGAGGAGCCGCCGGCGCCGCCAUUAUGGGGGUGAGCGGCCGGCGCCGCGCGCCGGGGGGGCUCGGCCUGAGGGGAAACAGAGCAGGGGUGGGGCCUGCGAGGUGCCGAGGAAGUCGGGCCGGGCCAAGGAGAAGAAGCAGCGGCGGCUGGAGGAGCGCGCGGCCAUGGCGGCCGUGUGUGCCAAGGUGGAGGCGGCCAACAAGCUCCGGGAUCCCCUCGAGGCCUUCCCGGUGUUCAAGAAGUACGACAGGAACGGGCUGGACGUGUCCAUCGAGUGCUGCCGGGUGUCCGGCCUGGAGCCGCCCACUGACUGGGCCUUUGAGCUGACCAAGGCCAACAUGCAGAGCCUGUACGAGCAGAGCGAGUGGGGCUGGAAGGAGCGCGAGAAGCGGGCGGAGCUGCGGGACGAGCGCUCCUGGUUCCUGCUGGCCCGGAGGCGCCGGGGGCGGCGGCCGGUGGCGUUCUGCAGCUUCCGCUUCGACGUGGAGGGCGGCGACGAGGUGCUCUACUGUUACGAGGUGCAGCUGGAGAGCCGCGUGCGGCGCCGGGGGCUGGGCAAGUUCCUGCUGCAGAUCCUGCAGCUCGUGACGUUUUUGGGGUUCAGCACGCAGAUGAAGAAGGUGAUGCUGACGGUGUUCAAGCACAACCACGGAGCCCUGCAGUUCUUCAGGGACGCCCUGCAGUUCGAGGUGGACGCCUCCUCCCCGAGCGUCUCCGGCUGCUGGGACGAUUCCUCCUACGAGAUCCUGAGCAGGAGCACCAGAUUUGGGGCCCAUCCCGGGGGGGGUCCCUGUGCUGGAUGCUGCGUUAUUGUUUGUACGGGAUAA